AUGCUAGUAUUAGAAUGGGAUAAUAUGGGAGUGAAAAUCGAUGGUCGGCAAUUACACCAUCUUCGCAUUGGUGAUGGCAUCGUACUUAUAACAUCAAACAUUAGCCACGAGAAACGAAUGCUUGCUGACUUUGAUAAAGUCUGUGGAAAGGUUAGACUUCGAGGAAAUCUCACAAAAACGAUGUUCGCGAGAAACGCAUUGGUUUCUCAUGCCCCCUUCACGUUCAACGGUGCUAAUAUCUCCGAAUGCUUCAGUUAUGUCUAUCUAGGUUGUGAAAUCAACAUGAUGAACGACUUAGCUCCGGAGUUGAGUAGAAGGAAACGAGCGGCUUGUGGAGCCUUCAAGAGCAUCGAGGAUGCAAUGAAGAGAACAAAGAACACCCGACUCCGUGCCCACCUUUUCGACUCGACGAUACUUCCUGCGUUAACAUAA